ACCGUCGUCUCGAUAUACGAUAGGAGAAACACAUCGGAGGAAGACAAGCGCGCGACUUUCGAAAUCACUUUAUUUCGGUAAGCCACCCGACACACAUACCACUGAGAAUCAAGACUGAUUUUGCUGCACCGCGACAUAUGUGAUCAUUGUGAUUUUUUCGAGAAACACCAUCCGACAUAUUCAGUUUUUGUGAUAUUUUUUAACUCGAAGUAUUUUCAAAUUUUGAUCUUGAAGAAAAUUCUUGUGAUACGAAAACUAAUCCCACCCCAGUGAUGAUAUUCAGACAAUUGCACGAUUACUCUUAAAAAAACGACUCGUAUAUAUUCUAUGUUGAACCAAACGUUUGCCAAAAAACUCGAAACCAUGUCCUUGAAACUUUCUAACUUUUUUACAAAAAGGACUCGCUUCGUUCACUUACUAUUCUUCAUAAUAUUAUUCCCUUGCACAGUGACUAGUGAUAAACACAGUUCAAACAACAUACAGAAGAGCAAAUAUAAUAUGGACACAUCGUUUUCGGAAGAUUAUCCAUCGCUUCCAGCUUCGCCGCCGACAGGGGGAUGCAACAGUUGUAAACAUAGAGAGGAAUUGAAAAAGCAGAACUUGAAUCUUCUUAGAGAAGAGAUUUUGCGAAGAAUGGGGUUUAGUCAAGCCCCUAACAUAACGGGGAAGGUGCUUCCCCAAAUUCCUCCCCAAUAUUUGGCUCAAAUCGAGGAGGAACAGGGUAUGCAAUCGGAUCAGCCCUUCAAGUACACUGUUACGGAGGAAGAUGACGAUUUUCACGCGAAGACCCAGAAAAUUCUCACGUUUGCUGAAAGAUAUCCUCGGUUACGACAUAGUUGGAAAGGCCAUGAUGUCCUCUACUUCCCCUUUACCGACAGUAUUACCAAGUACCACGUCGCCAACGCUACUCUGAAUUUGUUUCUCCGAACCAACAACGAACGACGCUCACAAUCGGACAUAUUGAUCGAAAUCUAUAAAGUGCACAAAUUGGGAGAUCAUUCCGAACCGCCCAUCUUGGUCAAAGUCCAGAGCAAGAAAGAGACUCCAUCACCAGGCAGGGGACAAUGGUUUCAAAUUGACUUGACGCAAACCGUCGGAGAAUGGUUUAAGUAUUCUAGAGAUAACUUCGGAUUUGUUAUUAAUGCCACCGUUAAUGGCAAGAAACUGGCUAUGGUGGAUAUUAGUGCGGAGAGAUCAAAGGCCCCAUUUGUGGAGAUAUCCGUGAUGGAGCCCAAGCGCCGCAAACGCCGCAACGUGGGCCUCAAUUGCGACGACAAAGCCUCGGAACCCCUUUGUUGUCGCUACAGUUUCAUCGUGGACUUUGUGGAAAUCGGACUGGAUUUCAUCAUAGCUCCGAAACGGUACGACGCGCACAUGUGUUCAGGCGAGUGUCCGUAUCUCACGUUGCAAAAGUACCCGCACACACAUUUGCUAAAAAUGUCGUCUCCAAAUUCGGCCGCACCCUGUUGUGCUCCCCGAAAAAUGUCGCCCAUACACAUGCUGUACUUUGACGAAAAAGUCAACGUGGUGUUUGCCAAUUUACCGGGCAUGGUGGUCGACAGGUGCGGCUGUUCAUAAUAAACUGCCCAGACGCUAGCCAAGUGAUUCCGUUGUGUGUGCUCCGAAAGUUAGUAUUGAUCGGUUGUGAAAAUUGUUGAACUGGUUGUGUGGGAUGUGGUAUGGUUCUAAACUUGUGCGGGCAUAAGUUUUCAUAUGUUCUCUAUUAGCAUAAGUUGCAUUUAUGUCAAGAUUUGUUUGAUGGUGGUAGAAAAUAGCUAAUUUGAAAGAAAACUGUUGUGUACAACUUCCGUUGUUUUUAUUCACUAAUUUAUACGAUUACGAGUUAUUCUAUCUUCCUCUCUUCUAUCAAAUAGAUACUAACAAUAAACAUUCUAAACUACAUAAUUUAUAAACUAGUUGAUUUAGGAAUGUUAACAAUAGAAUUACGUUUCUGGUAUAUCGAUAUAUCAAUAGCAGAACAUCGAAGUAUCGAUAUUCUUCUAACGAUGUUUGUGAAGAAACAAAAUCGUCUAUUUUUAAAUAUUGACACUUUUAAUUCUAUAUAUAACUAACUGGGCUAACUUCUUCCACUUAAAACGAUAUUUAUUUGAGAUGCCACGAAUAGUGAUUUUAGCCGAAUACCGAAUAUUCGGUCGAAUCACCCAAGGAAGUGUUAGGGAUCUUCUUAUAUCAUCGUAAUAGUAUGAGAGCUAGCAACGUCGGGAAAACAAGUAUUUUAAGAAAGCUGGCUCUUUAAUCUAUCGUUUACU